CCUCAACAUAACUCAGCUUUCCUUCACAUCGAAACCUCUUCUCGCUUUAUUGAUCUUCAUCGUAUGACGUAGAUCUCGGGGUGAACUAAUCUGCGACACAUAGCAUACGGUAAGUGAAAUGCGGUGCUGACUCAGACACGUAACUUGCUCAAGUGGACAACCCACACUUUGAGACACCGGGAUUACAAAUCUAUCCAAAUCAACAGCCAUGUAACAUAGGUGCUGACGCAUCUCCGUUGAACCUCAGCUCCUGGAUAACAACCCUGGAGAAAAUAAUAUUGAUCCGAGCUUACUUUGAGACCUGUAACAUGCUUGAGCUGUCAUGCGGAAUCGAUCUCCGGAUCAAACGUCAACACCUGGACUCCAAGCUACCAGCGUUGGAGAUUCUGCGUGCCAAGACGAGAUCAAUCAGGGAAAUCUCAUUAGACGCCGUCUUUGAGUUCGUUCCGUGACACAUGCUGAGAACAGUGCUGGAUUUGACUGCUCUCAAAGUUACUGUUGACGUUAAGUUUUUGCCAAAGUAGACACUUAGUUCUAAUGUUCACAGCGAAGGUACGAUGAGCUUGAAUGUGGCAGCAUAUCAUCUGUACUACUGCAGGAUUAGAUAUACGAAGGUUUCGACAGCUUCUGCAGCAUCCCGAGGACCAGACAGAGUAAACAGCAAAUUGGCGCCGGGACACGGAAGGAUGUUUUGACAAUCAUCUACAUGAACUGCGCGGCUGCGACAAACGAGCUUGGCAAGCAAAAAAUGUGAAUAGAGGUAACAUUUCACAACCAUAUCCAUGAACACAUCGUUCGAAACUGCACGGCGCCAUGCAACAAGCGCGUUACGAGGCUUUUAGCGCCAUACACGCACGUGCGAAGUAAGGCGGUUGUUCAGAUGCGUCUCCAGAUCGUCCAGAAACUAACCCCCAGGAUAGCCUUGCUCUAUCCAAAUUAGGCUAUUACAAUGAACUAGAUCGCAGUUUCGCCUUCAGCGUUCGCGAACUAAGUCUCUGGCAAAUUGGAAAUCCGUACAGAUCGGACACUUGCUCCAACAUUUCGGACUGACAGUACCGCCUUCAACCCUGUUACGAGUCCUACCGCUAAGCACCAAGUGAAAUUUGUCUACAAUUUUGGAUUGCUCCUUCAGGUAAUGAGGCAUGGCGCGGUUCUCAGACAGGCACUAGCCACUAGCAUACUUCGAGAGCAUGCACAUCACCGUAUCUCAAUCUAGCUUUUGGGCACGGUGCCAUUAUUUCCGGCAAUAGAGCGGCUAAUUGGCUUCAGUACCUGGAAUAAGUGAGAUCAGCAUUGGCUUCGGCGCUGCUCACAGCCGUGCUGAGGAUCAUCUCGUGUUGCAGGUGAGGACUUGGAGACUUUGAGUAUGGAAAGAGAAAUGUCUAUAUAAUGCUCGUCUUCCUCCCGCCAGAAUCAAAACAUCAUCAACCAGCUCAAAUCACAGUCACUCGCUUAAUACACUCUCUUCUACAGUAAUCACUCGCUUUUAAUAGCUCAACUUUCUCCCAAACCAAAUCAGUCAAAAUGCAGUUCAUUGCCAUCGUCGCUACCUUCUUCGCCGCCGCCAUGGCCGCUCCAUCUGCUCGUCCUAUGAUGGACCCAUCCGUCACCACCGUUGGCCAGGCUGCUUCCAACUGCGGUGUCAACCAGAAGCUUGCAUGCUGCGACGGUGAAAGCACAUCAUCCUGCUCGCCAGUCUCCAGCGCCAACCUGCUCGCGCUUCUCCCAAUCAGCCAGGCCUGCCCAACCAAGGCAUUCCCAAUGUGCUGCGAGACUGACAACCAGACUGGUCUCAUCAACCUCAACGUGCAGUGCAACGCUAUCCUCAGCGACGUUGGCCUGCUCGGUGCUGCCAAAUAAGCGUCUCGCUUAUAUGUUUCGCAGAGCGUGCAAUGUACUAUUUGGCAUCAAGCGAGGUGUCCUUUGUAUCAAUGGGGCUUACUUUAGUAAUGGCAGGGGGAGCGGCAUCACUUCUAUGAUCAUCACCGACCACUAUUCACUCUUUACAUAGUUGUGCAAUCGAAUUGGACUAGAUUUGGGAGAAAGAA